ACUUCUCUGCCAUAUCCUGUCUUCCUACCUAGACAGGUUGACUGUUUCUUAGUUUAGGGAGUUUGUUUUUAUUUUUUAAAGCUGAGAGGUUGACUGUAGACAUUUAUCCUUCUGACUUUACAGCUCUUCCUCUCAUUCACUUGGACCUUCUGUGUUUUCAUCACUUGGAUUCUACUCUCUCUUCUUAGAUUUUUCCUACCUUGUUUUUUUUCAUCUCCUCUGAACAUAACAUUCUCUCCCUUUCCCCCUUCACCCUCUCUUGUCCUCCCAUCUCCCCACCGUUCCCUCUGUCCUGGUGGUUUUCGGGCUAUGCACCAUGCUCUCUUCUCCUACAAUGAUUCUUCAGCCUUACGGACUGCCCGUCUAUCCCCAGGGUGCCCAAUGUUACCCCAGCCUAGUACAGGGAGGCCCUGGGCAGGAGGCCUGCCCCGGCAGUGGUGACCCCACCCUCCCCCAGGUCUAUGCCCAGCCUCCCUCAUACCCUCCACCAGGACAAGCUCCUCCCACACCUGCAGGCAGACUUCCUCCUCUAGACUAUAGUCCCGCCCACCCCAACUCAGAGUACCAGGAGCAUCACCAGCUCAGAGUCUAUCAGGGCCCGCAACACGAAGGGGCUGACACUCUGGCAGCCAUUAGCACGGACGAUGCCCUGGUUCCGGUGACCUCUGACUCCCAGGCUCUGAGCGUGUCAGUGUCAUCAGGGGGCGGAGCAGGAAGUGGUAGCGAUGAGGAGGGGUCAGGCAAGGCCCAGCCCAAGCGUCUCCACGUUUCCAACAUCCCCUUCCGCUUCAGAGACCCGGACCUCAGACAGAUGUUUGGGCAAUUUGGCAAGAUCCUGGAUGUGGAGAUUAUCUUUAAUGAGAGAGGGUCAAAGGGUUUUGGGUUCGUGACCUUUGAGAGUGCAAUGGAGGCAGACCGAGCAAGGGAAAAACUGAACGGAACUAUCGUUGAGGGGAGGAAGGUUGAGGUGAACAAUGCUACAGCCAGAAUAGUCACCAAGAAACCCCAAACACCACUUGUGAAUGGUGAGGUUUCAACCCCCGGAUGGAAGAUCAACCCUGUCAUGGGAGCGAUGUAUGCACCUGAACUCUACACCGGUGAGUUUCAAUUUGCCAGUUUCCCCUACCCUGUAGCUGCUCCCACCCUGGCCUAUCGGGGCUCACCACUGCGUGGGCGGGGCCGGGCUGUCUACAACACAAUUCGCUCAGCUGCUGCAGCCGCACCCACUGCCAUGCCCGCCUACCCUGGUGUGCUGUACCAAGAUGGAUUAUAUGGAGCUGAAGUCUAUGGCGGGUAUCCUGCAGCGUACAGAGUUGCCCAAUCACCAUCCGCUGCCACAGCAACAUACAGUGAUGGAUAUGGCAGAGUUUAUGCUGCUGCAACGGAUCCCUACCACCAUUCAGUGGGACCCACGGCAACAUACGGCGUCGGAACAAUGGCCAGUCUGUACAGAGGGGGAUACAACCGCUUCACCCCUUACUGAGCUGCCCAAUGGGAGCCUGGAAGCCGUUCUGUGACCCCGCCACCUCAUCCGGGAUUGGCCAGUCCCAGGACAAUAACUCAGGACAGGUUAUGACAUCACUGAGCUCUGUGUCACCUCCUGUCUGACUCCCUCCACUUGCAGACUGUCAAAUCCAACCGACUGAACGUGUAAAUACUGUAGUAGUUAUUCACUAUUUAUUCUAUCAGAGAAUACAUAUAGGAUAAAGAGCCUGAUCUAAUGUAUAGACAGUUAUUUAAAAUCUUUAUUUUACACUUAAUCUGUAUUGUUUGUGCCACAGAUUUGUUCCAGGGUUUAAGAAUGUAAAGAUUUCUGCCUCCGUACCUGGGUUAUAAGCAACUCUUUCACUAUUCUAACAGAGAGAGUUGAAUGUGAGCCAUUUUAUUUUUCAUUGGCAACUCAAGUGGCACAACAAUACUGGUUUCUCUACAUGGUGACCUUUGUAAAAAAAGUUUUUGAUCAACGUCUGAGCUUUUGACUUUUCAAGAGUCAAAUUGUAGAGUACAAUGACAUUUUAUACAGUUAAAUAACUUAUUUUGAUGAGUUUUGUUAAUGAUGUAGCGCACUGUUUGAGGACGUUGAAGUGUGUGUGUGUGUGUGUGUGCUUGUGUGUUGGAGUAUGUGACGACAUCAAUAUUCAAAGCACAAGCUAUGAGAGACAGCAAGGGCACUGGUAUUGUAAAUGUGCACAGUAAUCUUUUUUAACAUGCUUCUAGAACCCAAAAACUAUAAUUUGCAUAAAAUGUACGUAUGUUUUUGCUUUCCUAACAAUCUACCUCUGAUUCUAAAAAAGUUUCACUUGUCAAAAAAGCAUUCAGGAGCCAUUACUUCUCAGUCAACCAAUUAACUGUAACAACUUUUUUUUUCUCAUUUUCUUUGUUGAGCUUCUAUCCAUCUUCUCUCUGCUUUGCAUAAUGCUCAACCCACUUGAUCCUUUUUCUAUGGCAGCCUCAUUCUGGGUUUUACUUCGCUCUGCCUGACGAGCCUGGAACCUCUUUCCCUUAUUUCCUCUGUCCUGUUAAACUCUAGGACGUUGUCUGGUUUCCUCUUCCUGUUCUCUCGCCUGCUUCUCUCCAUUCUGUUUGAGAAUCUGUGUUCCAUCCAUAGAAAUAAUCAGAUGAGUUCUAGUUCUAUGGGUCAUCUCUCCUUCUCCAUCCUGUACUCUAGCUUCACUGUUGUUUAUUUGCUGUUGACCUCUCAAUAAAACAUUGUUUCUGUUUCCCUUUCCUCUCCUCUUUGAUUCACGUCAUUUUCCUUUCUCUUUUUCAAUGCCUCUUUUUGCAGUCCUUCACUCUUCUGCUCAAACUUAUAUUCUCCGUGUUCCUUUUCUCAACAUAACUGUAUGUUUUGAGGCUGACUGAUACCAGUGCAAGAAGGUUGUGGGUCUUUUACAGAAAUGACUGGCUGCAUAUGUUUAUGCAACUGUUUCGGGUUCAGUACCUUUGUACUGUAUGGACUGAAUCUUAACUUAAAAUCAGUGCAUAUAACUUCAUAUUUGAGUUCUAGGGGGGCUACAGUAUUUUACCUAGACACCCAGCCCUGUGCCUGCCUUGCUUUAGUGUGUGGUCUUACUGCGUGUGUUUCAACCUAUGGGCUAAACCUCUUCUUUAUGCAAAGUUCUGCUUUAGUUUUUGAUACCAAUUUCCCCUCUUUCUUUACUGCUUUGUUUUCCUAUCUUCUAGGAAGUGGAAAAAGACAUCCAAGCUUUCGUGUUUUUCAGGUUUUUCUCACUAUUUGUAAGGGGAGCUUAACCCUAACCUUAACCCUAUGAGAUAUAAUUGAGGGUUAGAUAACCAUGCCUACAAUAUCAAUUUGAAAUGGAAACUAAAGUCACACUUUAUCAUGGUAUUAUUCAAUUUCAACAACGGUUUGACUGUGAUGCCUUCAUCAGGGUAUUAUUCAAUUUCAACAACGGUUUGACUGUGAUGCAUUCAUCAGGGUAUUAUUCAAUUUCAACAACGGUUUGACUGUGAUGCAUUCAUCAGGGUAUUAUUCACUUUCAACAACGGUUUGACUGUGAUGCCUUCAUCAGGGUAUUAUUCAAUUUCAACAACGGUUUGACUGUGAUGCAUUCAUCAGGGUAUUAUUCAAUUUCAACAACGGUUUGACUGUGAUGCAUUCAUCAGGGUAUUAUUCACUUUCAACAACGGUUUGACUGUGAUGCCUUCAUCAGGGUAUUAUUCAAUUUCAACAACGGUUUGACUGUGAUGCAUUCAUCAGGGUAUUAUUCAAUUUCAACAACGGUUUGACUGUGAUGCCUUCAUCAGGGUAUUAUUCAAUUUCAACAACGGUUUGACUGUGAUGCAUUCAUCAGGGUAUUAUUCAAUUUCAACAACGGUUUGACUGUGAUGCAUUCAUCAGGGUAUUAUUCAAUUUCAACAACGGUUUGACUGUGAUGCAUUCAUCAGGGUAUUUUUACAUCUAGUAAAAAUAUAUAUGGAAAAAUAUGCCUUUUUACUUCUACUCUGCUGUCCUCUCUCGCUCUCUCUCUGUCUCUCUCUCGCUCUCUCUCUCUCUCGCUCUCGCUCUCUCUCUGUCUCUCUCUCUCUCUGUCUCUCUCUCGCUCUCUCUCUGUCUCUCGCUGUCUCUCUGUCUCUCUCUGUCUCUCUGUCUCUGUCUCUCUGUCUCUGUCUCUCUCGCUCUCUCUCUGUCUCUCGCUGUCUCUCUCUCUCGCUCUCUCUCUGUCUGUCUCUCUCUGUCUCUCUCUCUUUUAAACUCCUCUGCUUUCAAGUCUGUUAUUUUUCUAUUUUCUUUAUGCAUGGCUUUCAGAUUUAUAAUUUCCCCUUCUUUCAAUCUAAUGGCAAUUUAAACUUAUUUAGCUACAUUUCUUCUCGUGUUUCUUCACUCCUUAUCCGUUUCACCUUUUCUGUAUUAAUCUUAUGGCUUUCUUUCUUCACCCUGUCUUCUUCUUUACUGACACAUUUGUCUUCAUUUUCUAAACUUUAUUUCUCUGCUUUAAUGCUUUCAAAUCAUUUCCUCACCAUCUUGACUCUGUAUCUUAUCAUGUAUUUCUCUAAGUUGCACAUUUGCUAGUUUCUUUCACUGUAAUGUUACCUUCCUCGCCUCUUACUUCUGCUGUCCUCUUCUCUAUUUUCCCAACAGCAUUUCUCCUUUAUUUUCCCCUAAAUUGUCCUUUUUCUAGGUUAAUCUUUCCUCUUGCAGUCUGCCAUUUACACAAUAUUGCUUUUUCUUUCUCCCAACUUCUGUUUCUGAAUUUUAUUUCACUUUUCCUCUGCUACUGAUAUUCUGCAAUUCUUUCUUUGUUUCAGAUUGACACUUUCUUUCUAAACUCUCCUUUUGCUUUUUACACACUGUUCUCUUAGCUGUCUUGUAGUCAUCUAGCUGUGCCACUUCUACAUUUCUUGUCUUUGAUCAUUUCUAUAAUUCUGCUUCGCUCUACACUUUGGUAUAUACGUUCUCUAUUAACAUGAACUAUUUCCUAAUACUAACAUUACGACCUCCUGAUUCUUUUACCUGACUUGUGAGUUCUAUCUUUCUGUUUGAUUUAAGCUUGAACUCAUUUCCAAUUUCUUCUUUUUCUGUUUUCUGUCUUUUAUUUUGCUUUCCUAUUUUAAAGUUUUCUAAAUGUUCUGUCCAUCUUCUUUUAUUUCUCAGCUAUGAUUGCUUUCCUUCACUCUACUGUGCUGUCUAUUUCUUCUAUUUUUUGUUUCUCUAUUACCUCUUCUUUCCCUCUGCUCCUCUGUCCCUCGUCAGGUCAUCUUCUUUCCCUCUGCUCCUCUGUCCCUCUUCAGGUCAUCCUCUUUCCCUCUGCUCUUCUGUCCCUCUUCAGGUCAUCCUCUUUCCCUCUGCUCCUCUGUCCCUCUUCAGGUCAUCUUCUUUCCCUCAGCUCCUCUUCAGGUCAUCCUCUUUCCCUCUGCUCCUCUGUCCCUCUUCAGGUCAUCUUCUUUCCCUCAGCUCCUCUUCAGGUCAUCCUCUUUCCCUCUGCUCCUCUGUCCCUCUUCAGGUCAUCCUCUUUCCCUCUGCUCCUCUGUCCCUCUUCAGGUCAUCCUCUUUCCCUCUGCUCCUCUGUCCCUCUUCAGGUCAUCCUCUUUCCCUCUGCUCUUCUGUCCCUCUUCAGGUCAUCCUCUUUCCCUCUGCUCCUCUGUCCCUCUUCAGGUCAUCCUCUUUCCCUCUGCUCCUCUGUCCCUCUUCAGGUCAUCCUCUUUCCCUCUGCUCCUCUGUCCCUCUUCAGGUCAUCCUCUUUCCCUCUGCUCCUCUGUCCCUCUUUAGGUCCUCUUUCAGCUUUGUAUUUAGUUAUUUAUGUUAUGCUGUUUUUCUUCUCAUGUUCCUUGCUUUCAUUGUUCAGUAGUCUAGUCAGAAUAUUCCCUCUCAUGUUCUAUGUCCCUUGCUUUCAUUUUUCUCUUGUACCUGCUCUGUCUGUCACCUCUUAUUCCUGUGUGCUUUUCUCUUCCUAGAACUUAUUUUCCUUCAUUAUGAAUUUACACAGAUUACCAUGUCGUGGAGAGAAAAUUAAUGAGGAUUUCUAUUGCUAUUCUGUGGCUUGUAGCUUUAGUGCUUGUUGCUUCGUCAGCCUACUCAGUUUCCACAUUAUUUUGCAUGCCUUUUCCCAACUGCUCUCUGGUCAUACGGUGAGCCAUCCUUGACAUUUAAUAUUGUGCCAAUCAUGUUGAUCAGUGACAUGAUAGCCAGAAUUUCAGGACUUUGACGUCAAUCUAUCAACUCACUGAACUGUCCCUGUAAUAUGAUUGAUUGUCCAUUGCUGUCUCAUUUCAGAUUUGUAUUAAAAUAAUAAAUGCC